CUAGCAGCGCUGCUACAUCCGGGCGCUCCGCUCGGUUUACAAGCCCUGCGAAGAUGGCGACUUCAGGGAGGAGUGCAUUAUCCUCCUCCACCUCAACUGGAUCUAAGAGCACACUGGAGAACCCCAACCCAGAGGACGAUGAUGGGCAGGACUUAUGGUCGACCAUCCUGAGUGAAGUGUCGACCCAUUCAAGAUCAAAGCUACCGUCUGGGAAAAAUGUCCUGGUCAUGGGUGAGGUUGGCUCGGGGAAGACCACCCUGGUUGCUAAGCUACAGGGGGUUGAAGAGUACAUGAAAGGGCGUGGCUUGGAAUACCUUUACUUCAGUGUCCAUGACGACGACAUUGACGACCAUACCAGGUGUAAUGCCUGGGUGUUAGACGGAGACCUUUACCACAAAGGUCUGCAGGGAGUGGCAGUACCAGUGGACGCAAUAGGCAACUCUUUACUGCUGAUAACGGUUGACAUGUCACGGCCAUGGAAUGCCCUGGACUCGUUGCAGAAGUGGGCCGCUGUCGCUAGGGAACACAUCGACAAACUCCGGGUCGCUCCGGAAACGCUGCGGGAGCUGGAGCACAGACUUGUAAAACAAUUCCAGGAGUACACAGAGCCGGGCAGCGGAGAGGAUGGCACCCCACAGAGGAGGGGUGAUGAUGAGGAGAGCGUCCUGCUACCGCUGGGAGACAACACACUCACACACAACCUGGGUAUACCCAUGGUGGUUGUCUGCACCAAGUGCGAUGCCAUCAGUACAUUGGAAAAGGAACACGACUACAGAGAUGAACACCUGGACUUCAUCCAGCUCCACAUCAGACGGUUCUGUCUGCAGUAUGGGGCGUCACUGCUCUACACGUCUGUGAAGGAGAUGAAGAACCUGGACGUGCUGUACAAAUACCUUGUCCACAGACUGUAUGGCUUCCCCUUCCACUGCCCUGCACAGGUGGUGGAAAGAGACGCCGUCUUCAUUCCAUCAGGGUGGGACAAUGAAAAGAAGAUAGCCAUCCUUCACGAGAACUUCCAAACUCUUAAAGCAGACGACAACUUUGAGGAUGUUAUAGUUAAACCGCCCGUCAGAAAGUUUGUACAUGAGAAAGAGAUUCAGGCAGAAGAUGAUCAAGUGUUUCUGGUCAAACUGCAGUCAUUGCUCGCCAAACAGCCCGCUGUGACAGCAGGGCGACCAGUGGACACCACUAGCAGAGCGCCCAGCAGUUCUCCCAGGACGAGUAAUCGGUCAGCAGCAGCAAACGUCGCCAACGCCAUGCCACAGUCAGGUCAGACCAGUGAAGGGGUGCUGGCCAACUUCUUCAACAGUCUACUGACCAAGAAGGCGGGGACAGGCGGGCCUGGGACGCCAGGCGGGGGUAACAAUACUCCAGGCACCGUACGCAAGUCAGGUUCUAAGCUGGGCCUGAGCGACGUGCAGGCAGAACUGGACCGCAUAUCCAGCCGGGAGACUGACACAGACCCGCCCAACGCCAACGACACCCCAGCCGCUGACGGCCAGGACACAUGAAGACCAACACACUUCACCUCCCUCUCCCCUCUCUCCCCCUGUCCUCAGCCCCCCUACACCUCCCCUCUCCCCUCCUCCCUCCCUUCAUGCAUUGCCCUCCAUCGCAGAGAUGUGGCGAGAAAAGCGAGAGGGAAGUAGGGAAAGGGCCGGGUGGGGACACGCCACUUCCCUCCCUUCAUCAUCUUUGCUCUCACCCCUGAGGGGGAGAAUUUACUCCCCCCCGCUCUAACUCACCCACUGCACCCCCACCCCCCACCCCACGUCUGCUGCACCCUGCUCUCCCCUCUCUUCCUGUGUUUUUGGUUGUUAUGCCGAGGCACAGCAUUUGUCACUGUUACGUACAGGACUGUCUUUCGUGUGAGGGGAAAAAAGGGUUAAUGAAGGAUUGAUGAUGGAGGGAGGGGAGAUGGAGAGAUUGGGAUGAGAGAGCCUAUGAAGGAGGGGAAGUAUGGAUUGAAAAAGAUGGAUUGGGAGAGUGAAAGUGGGGGAGGUGUAAAUGGAUUAGAUGAGAGGCAGAGAAGGAGAAGUGUUUUAUCCAUCCAUUUAUUGUGAUGGUACGGUUAGUCUUUUUACUGUAGGGACUGAUGAAGGGUGUGUGUGUGUGUGUGGAUGUAGGUGUACUUACGUACGGUAGCAAUGAAUUCCGUGUGCAUGUGUGUGUGUGUGAGGCAGAGAGGAAACAUUAGGGAAGUUAUUUCAAUCCAGAGCUGUAUGACGAGAGAGAUUUGCCUGUUGGCAUUUUCAACCAAAAAAGACAAAAACAAAAAAAAAAACAAACAAAAACAGCACUAUGCUCUUACACUACAAGCUCUUAAAACAGCGCAUACACUCUUACAACAUCCAUGUCCACUACUGCUGGACAGCACUCAACUACACUACCAGACUUGACAAAAAAACACACUUCACUUCACAAGCAAGCACUAUGGCCCAUCACAGCACGCAGUUCUGCAGAUGGCCAAGCUCCCCCCCAUGGUACAUACUGCUCAGACUUGUAGAUAUCAGGCAGCGCACUGAAAAGGGAGGCUGGUAGAGGGCAGGAGGGUAGCUAAGCUUUACUUGUACAGAUAGGAGCACUAGUGAUUCAAACUCCAUAGUUACUGCGGGUGGAUGGGGUGAUGGGUGGGAGGGAAGGAGGGAGGGGUGGGGUCAGGAUAUGGGGAGGGUCACAUCCAGAAUGUACAGCCAUUGUCUCGCUGAUUGUUCCUGUUAUUUCAGAGUUCCGUGUUGGCGUUUGUAUAAUCAGAUCUGUUAACCAGUCAAUUAAAAGGUGUAUUUGUUCGGAUUCAA